AUGUCCGUGGCAACAUUGAACGAUGUUUUCAAAGAAGUCGAAAAUUUCACGCGGUUUCAACGGAUCCUAGGCAUGUCUUCUUUGGUAUACUCUAAUGGCAAACUCAAGAUAUCAAGAAGUUGGCUAAUUGUAAGCUUCGUCAGCAUCAGUGCUAAUUUAGUUAUCUCCAUAUACACGCUUCGCUUGUUCCGUUCUAAACUCGAUUACAACAGCUGGUACUGCUAUCUGACAAUUCUUUAUUAUACUGCCGCGGUAUUUUGCAUUGUGGCCUCCUGGAUCCGAAGUAACUUCAAUGUGGACACCUUGAACAUGUUCCUGUCCAGGAUGAGAACCGUGGACUUGCAGAUGCUCUCCCUUGGAAUGGAGAUACCUCCUACCAAACCUAGCAAGGUUACGAUCUUUAUUUACAUCCUGAUGACUGUUGCAUUCUUUAUCAAAGCUCCAAUAAUGCCUCCAUAUAUGAACUCUAUCCAACUUCUUAUAUUUUAUGCGCCAUACGUUUUCAUCGUUUCGAUUGAGGACAAUGUAGACAGGAUUGAUUCCUUACUUCGGCUUCGUUUCGAUGCCAUCAAGAAGCAUCUACUAGAGUGUUUUGAAAUGGACAGGAAAAACGCUGUUAAAGUUUUGGAAACACUGGUCCUCUGCCACGAUCAUCUUAGCAAUGCUUCAGAGGACGUUGACGAAUAUCUUUGGAUCCAAGUAACUUCGGUAUUGGCUGUGUUUUUUAUUGCAUCGUUUUGUGAUACUUAUUCUGCCUUACUUUUGUACAGAAAUGAAACGUUGCCAUAUAAGGGAUUGUUCCUGACAGAAAUAUUUAUAUGGAUAGUGGUUAUCAUCGCUAUCAUAUGGCGAGUUUGUCAUCAGUUUGCUUCCAUCAGCACUGAGGUUUAUUUCAGCAGCUGGUACUGCUAUCUGAAAAUCCUUUAUUAUACGGUUUCGGCGUUUUGCAUUGUCGUCUCCUGGAUCCGAAGUAAUGUUAACGUGGACCUAUUGAACAUUGCCUUGUCCAGGAUGAGAGCCGCGGACUUGCAGAUGUUGUCCAUUGGAAUGGAGAUGCCUAUAAGCAAACCUAGCAGAGUGACUUUCUUUCUUUACACCAUGAUGACUAUUGGAUUCUUCCUCAAAAUCCCCAUAAUGCCUUCAUUCUUUAGCUGUUUCCGACUAUUCAUACUCUACUCCCCGUACGUUUUCAUAAUUUCAAUCGAAGACUACAUCGACAAGAUCGAUUCAUUACUUAGCCUUCGUUUCGAUGCCAUCACAAAGCAACUACUACAGUGUUUCGAAAUGGAUAGGAAAAAUAAUGUUAAAGUUUUAGAAACAUUGACACUCUGCCAUGAUCACCUUUGCAAUUCCUCAAAGAUCGUUGACGAAUACUUUUGGGUUCAUGUAACAUCGAUGUUGGCCCUAGUUUUCCUUUCAUCAUUUUGUGAGGUUUACGCAGCAUCAGUUUUGUACAAAGAUGAAACUUUGGCCAAUAAGGGAGUGAUCCUGAUGGAAAAAGCUGUGUGGAUUUUGAUUAUCUUCACUGUCAUUUGGCGAAUAUGUCAUCAGUUUGCUUCCAUCAGUACUGAGGACGAUAUUUCGGAACCUGUUGUCAAGCCUCUAAAUGAUACUUUUUGUUGGAAGUCAUUGGGUUUUCCAGCAGGAUUCCGCUCCAGCUCACAAGGCCUGGUGAACUCAGCAGUGGCUGCAAAAGAACAUUACAGAGUUCAUCUCUGCCUCGGAUUGGGCCUCAGGAAGUCCUGA